CCACACCGGGGAAUUACGCACGGGUGGCGUGGAUUACGUUGAGUUCUAACAUUUUUCCUUCUUUGGAAAGCCAGUUGGACGCACUUUUAGAAGCACCGGCCGACGUACAUUGAAGAGACAACUCUAAAGGUCUCAAUGACAAGCCGUUUCUCGCACAGAGACUAAUCACGGCAGUGGAAGAGGAUGGCCGUCCACGCCGAGGGGAUCGUGGCUAUAGUGAUUUUCUACUUGCUGAUUCUGGGCGUGGGGAUAUGGGCAGCGUGGAAGAACAAGAACUCAGGGGUGUCGGAGGGCCAGGACCGUAGUGAAACCAUCAUGGUGGGCGGGAGGGACAUUGGGUUGUUUGUCGGUGGAUUCACUAUGACCGCUACAUGGGUGGGCGGCGGCUACAUCAACGGGACCGCGGAGUAUGUCUACCUGCCUGACUUCGGCCUGGCCUGGGCACAGGCUCCCUUCGGAUACGCCCUCAGUCUGGUAGUAGGUGGUCUGUUCUUCGCCAAGCCCAUGCGCUCCCGGGGAUACGUCACCAUGCUGGACCCGUUCCAGCAGAUAUACGGGAAGCGUAUGGGGGGGCUGCUCUUUAUUCCGGCGCUUAUGGGGGAGAUUUUCUGGUCCGCUGCCAUCUUGUCAGCGCUGGGGGCUACUCUGAGUGUGAUCGUGGACAUUGACAUCAACAUGUCAGUGGUGAUCUCAGCCCUAAUAGCCAUCUUCUACACCCUGGUGGGAGGGCUGUACUCUGUAGCCUACACUGACGUGGUCCAACUCUUCUGUAUCUUCCUGGGACUGUGGGUCAGUGUGCCGUUUGCCCUGUCCAACCCAGCCGUGUCAAGCAUCAGUGUGACAGCUAAAGAGGCUGUGUACCAGACACCCUGGCUGGGUAAGAUAGACUCAGCAGACACCUGGAUGUGGAUCGACAACUUCUGUCUUCUGAUGUUGGGGGGGAUUCCGUGGCAGGUGUAUUUUCAACGGGUUCUCUCUGCCUCUUCAGCUACGUACGCCCAGGUACUGUCGUUUAUCGCUGCCGCAGGCUGCCUGGUCAUGGCUGUCCCCUCCGUCCUCAUAGGAGCUAUAGGAGCCUCCACAGACUGGAACCAGACUACAUAUGGGGCAAUUCCUCCCAAAGAGAAGGACCAAUCAGAUAUGAUCCUGCCCAUCGUGCUGCAGCACUUGUGCCCACCCUGGAUCUCCUUCUUUGGUCUGGGAGCGGUGUCUGCUGCUGUGAUGUCAUCAGCUGACUCCUCCAUUCUAUCGGCCAGUUCCAUGUUCGCCAGAAACAUCUACCAGCUGGCCUUCAGACAGUCUGCGACAGACCGUGAGAUCGUGUGGGUGAUGCGUAUCACCAUCUUUGUGUUCGGAGCUCUGGCCACCGCCAUGGCAUUGCUGACGGGGACCGUGUACGGCCUGUGGUACCUGAGCUCCGACCUGGUCUAUGUUAUCAUCUUCCCCCAGCUGCUCAGCGUGCUCUUCAUCAAGGGAACCAACACGUACGGCUCCGUGGCCGGCUACGUCUUCGGUCUGCUGCUGCGUAUUGGGGGAGGGGAACCCUACCUCAAACUACCCCCCUUUAUCUACUACCCCGGCUGGGUGCAGCAGGAGAAGAUCCACCACCUGACUGGAGACGUAGAGUACUUCAUCCAGCAACGCUUCCCCUUUAAAACGGUCUCCAUGCUGGCCUCGUUCCUGGGUAACGUGGCCUUCUCCUACCUGCUCAAGUACCUGUUUGAGUCUGGGACUCUGUCUCAUAAGUAUGACUUCAUGGAUGCUGUGGUGUCCAAACACAGUAAGGAGAUCAUGGACAAGACCACGCUGGUCAGUAGUGACAACAUCAUCCUGUCGGAGAUGGCGCCGGUCAAAACACGUCUCAGCAACUCACUGGCCGGGACGUUUACGAACACAGAGGCUCUCAGUGACGAUGAGGAGUCCAGCCCCGAGUCCUUAAACAACGACCAUGAGUAGAGACCAGGAAGUAGAGACCAGGACCAAGACCCAGACCUGGACCCAGAACCAAGUAGAGCCAAGGUUACGGGUGGCCAGCCCUCCUGGAGAGAUACCGUCCUGCAGAUCUUUGCUCCUGCUCUAACAUACCUGAUGCUAUUAAUCAGCUGCUCAACAGGAUCUUGAACAGCUUAACCAGGUGUGCUAUAGUAGGGCUGGAGAAAAAGCCUGCAUACCCAAUAGCUCUCCAACAGAAGGGUUAGCCAGCCCUGAUAUGGAGCCUUUAACUGAGACCCAGAGCAGGUCUGUCUAGCCAUCCAACCCCCUCGUGUUCUCAUCAUAUCAACCACUGACUGACUCUCUGUAAAUCAAACACCACCGCCAUUUUAGUUUUCUGUUUUCAGUGCCUGGUCAUGGCUGUCCCCUCCGUCCUCAUAGGAGCUAUAGGAGCCUCCACAGGUACACACACACACACACACACACACACACACACACACACACACACAC